AACGGUACCUACAGAAUUGAGGCCACCUGACAAAAUUAACAUUGGUCAUUCAAUCUCUCACUCGAUCACUUAACCAUUCUAGGAAUGCUACGCAUACUAAUCUGCAGCUAAAGGGGAAUACCUUAAUUGUUUACAGUGUGUGUUAUCGCAGUCAAUGUUUGUGCCCUGAAUUGCGCCCGAGUAUAUAAACGCAUUGUGCAAUACGAUCUGUGUUAGUAGGUGUCCUGCAAUUGUCACAAAAGAAAAAUGAUAGCACAUUGGAUCAUUCUAGUUGUUGCAACUCGUUAUUCGGUGAAUGGAGAAUGCAAUGAAUGCGCAGUGCCAACGCUAGUUUACGAAGAUCUGAAGUGUGUACCAAAAUUUUCUGAUCUGAACACAUGUUGCCCUAUAGAAUAUGAUUGCUCGCACAUUUACAAUCAACCUAAAGGAACCUGUCAGGUGAAAGGAAAAUAUUACAAGCCAGGCGAUAGACCCAGUAAGGAAGAUGUGGGUAGUGACUGUAGCCACGCAAGCUGUACCUGCGGUGAUAAGGGACUGUUUGAUUGUAUUAUCCCAUCUGACUCAUGUGCCGAGUUUUGGGUUCCCGGGUUUAUAAAACCAGGAUGCUAUUUGGCGUAUGAGCACAAUCGUUGUUGUCAUGUGGAACAGAAAUGCCCACCAUUUAAUGACGAUAAUGCCAAAUGCAAGGUUGGCGAUAAUACUUACAGGGAAGGAGAAAGAUUCCGACAUCCCACUAAGAAGUGCACCAACUGCAUUUGCGACAAGAACUUUAACGGCAAAUUCGACGCACCUCAAUGCCAAAGGUUUAAUUGCACCAGUGAGACUGUGCAUUCUAAGAAACUCCACAAAUACUGUGCACCAACUUAUGUAAAUCCUGAUGACUGUUGUCCACGAUCGUGGUUGUGUCCUUCUGAUGACGGCGAGUAUAUUCCAUCAUCAACUUCACCCGUCUCUUCAACGCCUCAAUGCACAUUUGGUGAUCGUUUAAUGUACGUUGGGGAAAAAUACCGACAUGGCACAACUAUUUGUGAAUGUGUAAUUCCACCAUAUUUGUCGUGCAAACCAAACCUUGGUGGUGGUUAGUAAUAAAGCUAAUGUUUGUGUUUUUUAGUCUUUAAAAUAAACAUUAUCGCAAAAAUAA